CUAAGAGUCACUAUUAUUGUAACUUUGGGAACACUAAAAAGCUCAGAAGCGCGCUCGAUACUCUUAGAAACAGAGAAAGAGAAGAAGAGAGGCUGAGCUAAGCAAAGCGGCGUAGAGCUUCGCGAUCCCACCCAACUUUCCGGUCACUUUUGAUUUUCGCGGCGACCUCCAAACCCUAAACGAUGCUUCCGCUAUCUCUGCUCAAGACAGCCCAAGGGCACCCCAUGUUGGUGGAGCUCAAGAAUGGGGAGACCUACAAUGGCCAUUUGGUGAAUUGUGACACUUGGAUGAACAUUCAUCUUCGAGAAGUCAUCUGCACUUCCAAAGACGGAGACAGGUUUUGGAGGAUGCCCGAGUGUUAUAUCCGUGGGAACACUAUCAAAUAUCUGAGAGUUCCUGAUGAGGUGAUUGACAAGGUUCAGGAAGAAACCAAGAGAACAGAUAGGAAACCACCUGGAGUAGGACGUGGAAGAGGAAGAGGAGGUAGGGAGGAUGCUCCUGGCGGACGACAGCCAAAAGGCAUUGGACGUGGCUUAGAUGAUGGUUCUAAGGGUAUUGGUGGAGGUCGUGGCAGAGGCGGACCAGGUGGAAAGGCUGGUGGAAGAGGUGGAGGCCGAGGCCGAGCUUGAUUCAGCUGAGCUUGUGGAACAACUUAGAUGGGCAAGGUUGCCACUUUUAAAGGCAUUUUUGUGGCCCGAUGCUUUUGUGGAAUCUUGGGUUUUUCUAGCUAUGACAGAAGUUUUUAUGUAUGGUAAUGUGAUGCUUGGAAUGGUUGUUCAACAUUGUUGGCCUGGUGUUCCUCUCAAGGAAAUAGAUCCAUAUUUAUGUACU